GUGGGGCAACUAUUUCACGCCAUCCAUCUUCUCUCCUUUCUAGAAUUCCAUCUAAACAAUGCAUCCUACACUGUGUUUGGCAUUGUUCAUUGUAUCCCAAACAUCCCAUGAUCUCAGCAGAAGGGAGUUGCCACCUGACGAUGUAGCAGGAGAUGUCCACGCGUCGCCUGAUUUUUCACACAUGAAACACUAGAUGGACGUAUGUAAUCUUCUUUUUUCGCAAAUUCUCAGUUGUGAGAUUUUUCUCUCUCAUUGUCAACGAACUAAAAAAGCAUAUCUUUCUUGACAUGCUGAUAAUUCAAACCGGUUAGUGCUGAAGAUUUUAUGGUAAUGACUUUACUGUGAAUCAUCCUUUUCUCCUCGCUCCUCACCUCCACGAGUGUUGCUAGCACACAUCCUUUGCUUGUAUAACCUUUCAACUAGGCCUUAACACCCAGUGGAAAACUAUCAUAUUGGAUGGCAAAGUAAAAUUGGGACAUGAAGAAACACCCCUGGAGUAAAGGUGGUUGUAGAAAUGGAUCUGAUGCCAUUAAAACUAGUCAUUGUUGCAAAAAGAACACUUGUAUGGAUUUGGUACCGAAAACGACAAGGUCUUCUAUUCUCUUCUUGGAAUGAUAUAGAAUGGCUAAUAAUGCUUUAGCUGUGUGGUAUAAUGAAGGUACUGUGGUAGUUCCAUAAAAAACUGAGUGAUGAAAGGGGUGUGAAUUAAACUUUUACUCCCUUUAAUAUUAUGUGACAUUUACAUACUUUUUUUUUUAGUUUGUCCUAAAAAGAAUGACACAUUCCUAUAUAGGGACACAAUUUAACUUUAAAUUUUCCAUUUUACCCUCAGUUACAUGAUCUCAUAGCCAAACAUGUCUAUGGCAUGUUUUAGACCACUUGUUUUAAAAGUCUUUUUUACUUUCUUAAAUCGUGCCCAGUUAAACACCACCACAUAAAUUGGGACGAAACUAUUUUAUUUCUCAUCCAGCGGGAAACUGUCAGAUCUGAGGGCAAAGUAGAACUGGGAAGUGAAGAAACAAUAGCAAAGGAGGCGGUAAAAAUGGAUUUUAUGCCCUUAAACUAGUCAUUGUUGCAAGAAGGCGGCUUUGUAUGGAUCUGGUACUGAAUUCUGCAAAGUCUUCUCUCCUUUUCUUGGGAUGAUACAGAAUGGCUAAUAAUGCUCUAGCUGUGUGGUAUAAUGAUGGUACCAUGGUCGUUCCACAAAAAACUGAGUGAGGAAAGGGAUGCGUAAUAUAUUUUUAGUUGAAAAAGCGACGGAACAACGAGUGUUCUUCAUGAUACCUUAUGUCACAAACUUGGCAUAUCAUUAUGACUCCUAAACCUAGUAAUUUGGCAGAAGUAAACUCCUCUUAAAAUGACUGAAGAAGUCGCGCGCAAGUUAAGAACAUAUGGUAGGUUAGGAUUUCUACUGUAGUAGGUAUUGUUCCCUGGUUUAGACAACAAUUUAAUCAAAGCUUUUACGAGGAGGGAUGGAACACCUGACACACGUCAGAAAGAGGAAACUGUAAAUAAUGAGAUUGAUUUUGUAAGCUGAAACUUGGUGAUUUUCUCUGCCAAAGUGGCCAUUCUUUCAGAAGAUAUAUACAUCACUUUCUUUCUUUGUUAAAUGCUUGUAUUGGUAAAUUGAUUGUGUCAAUUGAAAGCAUGUUCAAUUCAGCUAAUGAUAAUAUCGCCACCCACAUGUAAAAGAUUGAUUCUAUCAUUGUUUAAGAAUAUGUUUUUUAAAAAAAAAUGUUUUCAGUUAUUGGUGGUAGAUUCUGGAAUGUAGUUCAUGUAUCUGCAGGUAUGUUCCAUCUUUUUUACCACCUCCUACGGCAACCAAGAGCAGAGAUUAUGAGAAGGAGGAGAAAACAAGGGAAAAGGAGAAAGGAAAACCAAGGAACAUCGACUAUUUUAUGGAGGAACUGAAGCAUGAGCAAGAAAUGAGGGAAAGGCGUAACCAAGAACGUGAACACUGGCGCGACCGUCAUACUGAUAAUCCAGCUCCGUCUAGUCGGUUUGAUGAGCUGCCAGAUGAUUUUGAUCCUAGUGGAAGGCCUGGAUCAUUGGAUGAUGGGGACCCACAGACCACAAAUCUAUAUGUUGGAAAUUUAUCGCCUCAGGUUGAUGAAAAUUUCCUUUUGCGUACUUUUGGGAGAUUUGGCCCUAUUGCGAGUGUAAAAAUAAUUUGGCCGAGGACAGAAGAGGAAAGAAAGCGACAGAGGAAUUGUGGAUUUGUAUCUUUCAUGAAUAGGGCUGAUGCUCAGGCUGCAAAUGAUGAGAUGCAAGGAUAUAUCAACUCUUGCUCAGUUUCCCAGUGUUUGAACUCAUCCUUGUGCAAAGAUCUUGCUUCACCUGGGACACAGUAGUGAGAGGCAGAAUGGAGACUGACGAUGGACUUGUUUUGGUUGUUUUAACAGCAGUGUGCUCUUGAUAAUGUUACCUGCUACAUAACUAUUACACAGAGCUCAUGGAAUUUGUUUUAUUGCUAUGUGGCUGUCUACUCUGUUUGCUUAUGUCAUCGUUCUUUUUGAUUAUUAUUCGUUAUCUCUUGCAAGUACAUACAACUUUAAGCAGUGAAGCAAUUAAAUACCAAAUUUUCUUUUUAUG